CUUCUCUCUCUCCCACACUGGUUUUCAAGCUUCCUAUUAUGUCUACACUACACACACAGUACAACACACACAUGGGGCUUUUAUAAAUGCACCAUUCACUCACUCACUCCUGAAACUUCUCAAGCCACAUACUAUCAUCAUCUUUAUGGGAAAAAACCCAUAACUACCCUUCUCUCUCUUCCUUUGUUUCUUCUCCAAAAAUAAACUAAAUUUAGGUUUUCUUGGCCUUUUGAUUUCUUGGAUUCUUAUUGUUUUCUUCUACAACUACUAUAUAUAUAAUAACCUAGGUUUCUAGUUAUAGAUCGUCAAGGCCGAAAAUGGGGAGAGGUAAGGUUCAGUUGAAGAGGAUUGAGAACAAGGUAAGUCGCCAAGUGACUUUCUCCAAGAGAAGGUCUGGAUUGUUGAAGAAGGCUCAUGAAAUCUCGGUUUUAUGCGACGCCGAGGUCGCUUUGGUGGUCUUUUCUACCAAAGGAAAGCUCUUCGAGUACUCCACUGAAUCCAGUAUGGAUAGGAUUCUGGAAAGAUAUGAGAGGUACUCACAAGCUGAGCAACAUCUUGUUACAACUGACUUUGAAUCACAGGGAAGCCUCUCUCUGGAGUACCCCAAGCUCGUGGCUAAAGCUGAAGUCCUACAGAGGAGCAUAAGGCACUAUGGGGGAGAAGAUCUUGAACCCUUAAGCCUGAGAGAGCUUCAGGGUUUGGAGCAACAGAUUGACACUGCCCUCAAGCGUGUACGAAAACGGGCGAACCAACUCAUGAAUGAAUCCAUCAUGCAGCUGCAGAAAAAGGAAAAAGCAUUGCUGGACAAAAAUAACUUGAUUACAAAGAAGAUCAAGGAGAAUGAGAAGACACUGGAAGAGCGCACACAAUGGGAAAAUCAAAACCUGGGCCAAAACUCAUUCACCUUAAUGUUACAGCAACCAUCACUACCUUCUCUAACAAUUGGUGGCGCAUUCCAAGCAAGAGGGGGAGCCUCAAUCGAAGAGGAUGGAGCCGAAGCUUGCCCAAGUUCCAAUCAACCCAUGCCGCCUUGGUUGCUCCACCAUGUAAGACAGUAAGGAUGGCAGGGCAGGAGCUUCAAGAUAGCAAGUAAAGUUCCUUUCUGUUGUGUAGAAAAGAUAACUAGCUAAGACCCCUAAACCCUAAUAUAUCCAUUGUGAACUCUCUACCAAGAAGUUGACUGUGUGGGACCAGUAUUAAGAAUUUGAAACUGUUCUAUGAUUGUAUGUGCAUGGUAAUGGAUGUUCUAAAACUUAUGUAAUGCAGCUUAGUUAUUUGCCAGUUUUCGGAAGAAGUCAUGUUCAUUCUAAAACUUAUGGAUGUUCUUACAGACAAAACAAGGUACAGUAUUUGAAACUGUUUUAUGAUUGUA